GAAAUAGCCGGGCGGGGACGUCCGAAAGCCUUAUAUUAUAAAGAUAUACCUAUAAUAAUUAUUCGCUAUUUAGUAAUAGGACGAGCUAUAUUAGUAAUAGUUAUUAAGUUUAUUUAUUAUAAAAGAGCUAAUAAUAAGCUAAGACCGACUAUCUUUUUCUUUACGCUUAUAAAAAGGCUUAUUUUUUAUACUAUUAGUACUAUUAUCGCUCUAGCGCUCUAUAACUAG